GAUUGAAAUACUAGAUUUAGGCAACAAUAGUUUCACUGGAGAACUUCCUUCCUCAUUGAAGAAUUGUACAAAGUUGAAAUUUGUUAAUCUUCGAGAUAACAAAUUGUCGGGACAAAUACCGAUGUGGUUAGGGAGCAGUCAUCCUGAUUUAGUUGUGCUUUUCCUUCGAUCGAAUCACUUCUUUGGAAGCUUUCCUUCACAUCUAUGUCAUUUGAAACAUCUUCAACUUUUGGACCUUGCUUUAAACCAUAUCUCAGGAAGUAUACCAAAAUGCAUCAACAGUCUUACUGCUUUGACUAGUCCAAUUUCAACCACUGGUCAUCUUUAUAAAGGUCCUCUGGACUUUUUCCACUGUGAUGACCUUGCAUUUUGGUUGUGGAAAGGAAGAGAUCUCUCUAGUAAUCUUGGACAAAUAAAGAGCAUAGAUCUCUCUAGUAAUAAAAUUACUGGGCCAAUUCCAAGGGAAAUUAUGGAACUUGUUGGAUUGAUUUCUUUGAAUCUCUCAAGAAACCUUUUAACUAGAAGAAUCACUACAGAGAUUGGUGCGUUACGGUCAUUAGAAGUCUUGGAUCUAUCUGAGAAUCAAUUAUCGGGUGGAAUUCCUUCAAGCAUCGCUCUUAUUAAUUCUCUAAAUUUCUUGGACUUGUCAAACAAUAACCUUUCAGGCAUAAUUCCAACAGGCCCUCAACUCAAUACCUUUAAUGCCACUGCAUAUGAAGAUAACCCAAAUCUUUGUGGAUUUCCACUUCCAAAGAAAUGUCCAGGAGAAACAAAUCAAAAUCCAGCUGUGAAUAGAGGUGGUGACCAUGCUGGCAUUCAAGAGACAGAAGAUGGGUUUAUAACCCCAGGAUUUUAUGUUAGUGUGGCCCUUGGAUUUGUCAUCGGUUUUUUGGGAGUUUUUGGCACAUUACUACUAAACAGGUCAUGGCAAUUCUCCCAUUUCAAUUUCUUGAACAAUGUCAAAGAUAAGCAGGAUGCAACCGUAGUAGUGAAUAUGGCUAGAUUACGGAGGCAGCAUCAAACAUAAUUGGGCUUGGAAUCAUUAUUAGAGACACAGGGGGCAGGGUUUAUUGUUAGCAAGUCUUCGAGAAUUCCAUUGAUUCAUGGUCGAAAAUGGAGUUUU